AUGUCCCCCAUGAAGACCAGCACUAUCCCAAGAUUGGAGUUAUGUGCGGCCGUCCUCCUGGCCCGUUGGUUGACUCGCCUCCGCUUCAACGGGAUCUUUGCAUGGUCGGACUCCCAGAUAGUGUUGUCAUGGUUGGUUAACCCUCACACGUGCUUCAAGGUGUUUGUCUCGAACCGGGUGCACUUGGUCCGUCAACUGGUGCCGUCCUGCCGAUGGGGUUACGUCCGGUCAUCCGAGAACCCGGCGGAUUGCGCCUCCAGAGGGUUAUUGCCGUCAGACUUGGUUAAGCAUUUACUAUAUUGGUCGGGUCCUGCUUUCCUCAAGGACAAUGUUGACACUUGGGACAUGUCGGUCUCGGCAGUGCCGAUUGAACAGCUACCGGAAGCGAAGGUCACUUCGCUAUCGGUCCAAAUCGACCCUGAGGGGGAGUGGUUUAGUCGAUUCUCCUCAUAUCAUAAUAUGGUCAGAGUGGUUGCCUGGAUGCGUCGCUUUGUAGGCAGAGCCUGA